GGGUGACCUUCGAGCGGCCGGGGACAGGGGGCGGGGAGCCGUGAGCGGAGCGCUCUGUGACGAGACGCUGCCGCCGCCGUCCUGCUGGAAGGGAGCGAGCGAACCGGAUGGCCAGCGGGGCCGGCGGCCGGCUCAGGCCCGCGGAGCCCACGAUGCUGGAGCCCGGGGGUGGUGGUGAGGGCGGCGGGCCGGGCCGGGCCGGCGCGCGUGGGGCGGCGGCGGGGUCUGGCCCCGAACCUUGCGGGCGAGGCUCCCGCGGCCGUGUGUAUGGCGUGGAAGGCCUCUGCCCAAGGAGCAUAAUGGCAGAAACUGCAUCUCCACUGAAGCAUUUUGUGCUAGCUAAGAAGGCAAUCACUACAAUCUUCGACCAGUUACUGGAGUUUGUUACUGAAGGGUCACGUUUUGUUGAAGCAACAUAUAAGAAUCCAGAACUUGAUCGAAUAGCCGCUGAGGAUGAUCUGGUUGAAAUACAGAGUUACAAAAACAAGCUUUCCAUCAUUGGUGAGGUGCUAUCCCGGAGACACAUGAAAGUGGCAUUUUUUGGCAGGACAAGCAGUGGGAAGAGCUCCGUUAUCAAUGCAAUGCUGUGGGAUAAAGUUCUCCCUAGUGGAAUUGGACAUACAACCAACUGCUUCCUGAGUGUUGAAGGAACUGAUGGAGAUAAAGCUUAUCUUAUGACAGAAGGAUCAGAUGAAAAAAAGAGUGUGAAGACAGUAAAUCAACUGGCCCAUGCCCUUCAUAUGGACAAGGACUUGAAAGCUGGCUGUCUUGUACAUGUGUUUUGGCCAAAGGCAAAAUGUGCCCUCUUGAGAGAUGACCUGGUUUUAGUAGACAGCCCAGGCACAGAUGUCACUACAGAACUGGAUAGCUGGAUUGAUAAAUUUUGCUUAGAUGCUGAUGUCUUCGUUUUGGUUGCAAACUCUGAAUCAACACUAAUGAAUACGGAAAAACAUUUUUUUCACAAAGUGAACGAACGGCUUUCCAAACCUAAUAUUUUCAUUCUGAAUAAUCGUUGGGAUGCCUCUGCAUCAGAGCCAGAAUACAUGGAAGAUGUACGCAGGCAGCACAUGGAAAGAUGUCUUCAUUUCUUGGUGGAGGAGCUCAAAGUUGUGGAUCCAUUAGAAGCACAGAAUCGUAUCUUUUUUGUUUCAGCAAAGGAAGUUCUUAGUGCUAGAAAGCACAAGACACAGGGAAUGCCAGAAGGUGGUGGAGCACUUGCUGAAGGAUUUCAGGCAAGACUACAGGAGUUUCAGAAUUUUGAACAAAUUUUUGAGGAGUGUAUCUCGCAGUCAGCAGUGAAAACAAAGUUUGAACAGCACACUAUCAGAGCUAAACAGAUACUAGAUACUGUGAAAAACAUAUUGGAUUCAAUAAACGUGGCAGCAGCAGAGAAAAGAGUUUAUUCAAUGGAAGAGAGGGAAGAUCAAAUUGAUAGACUGGACUUUAUAAGAAACCAGAUGAAUCUUUUGACAUUGGAUGUUAAGAAAAAAAUUAAGGAGGUUACUGAGGAGGUUGCAAAUAAAGUUUCAUGUGCAAUGACAGAUGAAAUCUGUCGACUAUCUGUUUUGGUUGAUGAAUUUUGUUCUGAGUUUCAUCCUACUCCAAGUGUAUUGAAAGUAUAUAAAAGUGAGUUAAAUAAACACAUAGAAGAUGGUAUGGGAAGAAAUUUGGCUGAUCGGUGCACCAAUGAAGUGAAUGCUUCAAUGCUUCAAUCCCAGCAAGAAAUUAUUGAAAAUUUGAAACCUUUGCUUCCAGCUGGUAUACAGAGUAAACUACAUACACUGAUCCCAUGCAAGAAAUUUGAUCUCAGCUAUGACCUGAAUUGCCACAAGUUAUGUUCCGAUUUUCAAGAGGAUAUUGUAUUUCGUUUUUCUCUGGGCUGGGCUUCCCUUGUACAUCGAUUCUUGGGCCCUACAAACGCUCAGAGGGUGCUCCUAGGAUUAUCAGAGCCUAUCUUUCAGCUUCCUAGAUCUUUGGCUUCUACUCCCACUGCUCCUGCCAAUCCAGGAAUGCCAGAUAAUGCAUCACAGGAAGAACUCAUGGUUACCUUAAUAACAGGAUUAGCUUCUCUAACAUCCAGAACUUCUAUGGGCAUUAUUGUUGUUGGAGGAGUGAUUUGGAAAACUAUAGGCUGGAAACUCGUAUCUAUUUCAUUAAGUAUGUAUGGAGCUUUGUAUCUUUAUGAAAGGCUGACCUGGACAACCCGUGCCAAGGAGAGAGCCUUUAAACAGCAGUUUGUGAACUACGCAACUGAAAAACUGCAGAUGAUUGUUAGCUUCACGAGUGCAAACUGCAGCCACCAGGUGCAACAAGAAAUGGCUACCACUUUUGCUCGCCUGUGCCAACAAGUUGAUAUCACUCAAAGACAUCUGGAAGAAGAAAUUGCUAGGUUAUCCAAAGAAAUAGAUCAGCUGGAGAAAAUACAAAACAAUUCAAAGCUUUUAAGAAAUAAAGCUGUUCAACUUGAAAAUGAGCUGGAGAAUUUUACUAAGCAGUUUCUGCAUUCAAGCAAUGAAGAAAAAUCUUAACAGAGAUUGCUUUGGUGUGACCAUCAUAGGAAAUGGAACUUGGAAGAGUGGGACAGUUAUUUUUAUGAAAUAAUUGUAAACAUGAAUUAUACUAAUUGUACCUAAAUAGCAAAUCCCUGCUAGGUUCUGAUAAUGAUCUAUUUAGGGUAUUUGCAUUUCUGAAGAGUGUUGGGACAAGUCUUCAGUUUUAAUUUGGGUAUAGAAAAGGCUAAAUCAUUUUUGUUAAAAUAAUAAACCUUUUAAGAUCAACAGAACCACCUGUGUGACCCCUGAGGGGUGGGGCCUUGAGCUCUCAAUUAGGGCUUGCUUUGUUUUUGGUUCUGAAAAACUCUGCUUCCUGGCAUCCAGGAGUUAGAGUAUGACCCUUUCAGCUUUCUCAAAACUGGUUUUUGAUGCUGUCUUUAAUGGAAAUAGUCACUUUCUUGUUUUGUUUUAUAAACUGCAUUGCUCUGUGAAGGAGUGUGGGAUGUUCUUGAUUGUAUCAUUUUUGCAAGUUACAAUCCCUUCUGUUUUGGCAGGUAUGUAAACCACUAAUAAAUGCUGUUUUUAUUCCCUUUAAGCCUGGUGUAAAACAGUAUAAAGGUUCAUUAUUAUAGUCACUUAUAAAAAUAUUUGUAUCUAAAUAAUUUUUGACCUGUUUUUGAAGAAAUAUUCUCAGUUUUGCUCCAGUUACGCUUCCUGUAAGGAGAGCUUUUCUAUCUCAGAUUUAGGAGUGAAGUCUGAAAUGAUAGAAAUAGCCAAAGAUACAGGAGGUCUGAGUUUUGGAUAACAACAGUGAUGGUUAAAAGUUAUUCUUCAGCAGGCAUUUGCUGAAUUGUACUCCAUUUUAGGUCUUUAAUUGUAUGAAUUUAUCAGGGCUCCAUUAAAUUGUUACUGUAUUUUUUACCUCAAUGAAAAGUUUGUGAGUUCAAGUAUCCUAUUUGCUUCUGUAUUAAAAUAUAUUGAACUUGAAUGGAAAUACUGAAAAAAAAAAAAAAAAAAGACAUUCUAGCCCCUUGUUGCACAAAAUACAGGACCACCAGAUCAGCAUCACCCAGACACUUGUUAGAAAUGCAUAGUACAUUGGCUGGCGCUGAUCUCACUAAGCUAAUCCUCCCCUUGUGGCGCCGGCACACCGGGUUCUAGUCCCGGUCGGGGCACCGGUUCUGUCCGGUUGCCCUCUUCCAGGCCAGCUCUCUGCUGUGGCCUGGGAAGGUAGUGGAGGAUAGCCCAAGUCCUUGGGCCCUGCACCCGCAUGGAUGACCAGGAGGAAGCACCUGACUCCUGGCUUCAGAUUGGCACAGUGCGCUGGCUGUAACAGUCAUCUGAGAGGUGAACCAAUGGAAGGAAGACCUUUCUCUAACUCUGUCAAAAAAAAAAUUUAAAAAAAAAAAAUGCAUAGUACAUUUGGCCAAGUACAGUUUAUGCUUCCUUGUUAUGGGAGGAUAAAAUUUCAGGCUUUUAAAGAUACUCAAUACUUCCUUUUCUGUGCCUUUUAAGGUUCUUGGAUGCUAGUUAAGUCUUUUUAGAACAGGUGCAACUUUUAUUUUUAAAGAUAUUUUAAGGAGAAAAUAACUUAGGCCACAAAAGUCUUUCAAAAAUAACUGUUUUUAUGCAAAUCAUAUUAGGAAGCAGUAUACAAAUUCAACUACAACUGGUUAUUUUUAGCUUUUUUUUGCUCAUAUAGGUCACCAACAAGUGAGAUUAGAUGACAACGGCAACAUGAAAAACAAUGUCUAAGACUGGGAAUUACUAAUUUACGUUACAAAUUCAAGACCUUAACCUCUUUACAAAU